AUGAACAACAUUCCUGCACUGCUUAACCAUUUGGACGCUAAUCGAGAGUCGCCGACCUUGAGCUUGGCAUAUGCGUCGAUUUCAGAUGAGGGCAUAGUGGAGGUAUCCAAGUUCCUGCGGGACAACCCCUUUGUGAAGUACUUGGACCUCCGAGGAAACAACAUUCAGGCCAAGGGAGCCAUGGCCCUGGCCAACGGCAUUAAGAUCAAUAGAUCUUUGCGAAGUUUGAAUUUGAAGUGGAAUGCCAUUGGAAAAGAUCCCAGUGGUUUGAAUGCUCUAUGUGACGUCCUGAAGUCGAAUCUGACUGUCGGUCACGUGGAUCUUCGAAAUAAUCGCAUCAACAAUGUGGGUGCAAAAUACAUCGGCGAGAUGUUAGCAUCAAACACGACAAUCACGCAUCUGGACCUGUCCUGGAAUGACCUCGGGGCUGAUGGUGGAUUGGCGCUCCUAGAAGGCCUUAAGCACAAUAGCACCGUCCUGGACUGUCAGCUCAGCGGUUCCAAGGUUGGUGAGGAGACGCUGCACGAAGUUGCGUUUCUGCUUCGGAGGAAUAAAGCUUCAGCAUCGUACAAGGCCAGUCCAAAUUCGACUGGAGCACAAAUGGCCGCGGCCGAUGCUAAGACAGCCACCCUCGGUAAACCUGUUGCUCCUGGUCGAGGGCAGGUCGACCGGAGCCAAGCAGACACGAAGGGCGCUGACGCAGAAGCCUUGCCACCUCCAAAGAAGGGGCCUCAAGCCAAAGCAAAUUGGACACCGAAGGACAGUAGCACCUUGAUGCUGCGGCUCAUGAUGAAAGAGAGGGAGCAGGUCCUGCCAGAGGACAAGGUGUUCUACCAACAGAUAGCUGAACAUAUUGACAAACUGCUCCUGGAAACUUCAAAGCACAAGCAGGGCAGAGUUGAUGGCGAGGAGAGAGAAAAGUUGUCGACGACAGGUUUCCUGGAAAGGGAGCAGAGGUAUAUAAAAGAAAUCCGGCAGACAGAAGAGGCUCUCCAAAGAGUCAUAAACGAGAAGGAGUUUUCGCAAAAAGAGUUGGCCGCCAAGAGCGUGUCCCUGAAUCAGUUGAACGAGCAGAACACGUCGGCUGUCCGCGAGUCCAUCGUGAUGCAGGAGCGCACAGCCGCAGAAGAGCAGCAGCUGAGAAAGGAAUUGCGGGAACUCCAAGUGGAAAAGAAAGACCUUCAGGACAAGUUGGCUCUGAAUGUCAAGGACUUGGAGCUCCUGGAACAG